CUAGAACUGGAAGAGAUGGAUGGAGGGAAGGGAAGCAAGGAAGAGAGGCUCCAUUUUGCAGAGUGGGCUCGCUCUGCUGGGACACAUACAGACACACACAUUUUGCAGGGUCUCGGUUCUGCGUUAGGGUUUGCAGCGAAGGCGAUGGCAGCGAUUGCAGCUUCCAUGGGGAACGGCUCGCACGUUAUGGACCCCGCACCGUCAUCGUCGCCUAACGGUGAGGCUGAUGCUGCUGUGCGAGAAAUUUCGCAAAAUGGUGAUGUCUCUGAUGAUCCCGGUGGCGUUGAGGCGAUUGAUGGAGGUGAGCAGGCUGGAGGUGCCGAGGGGAGGAAGGCUAAGGAGGCAGAGAGGAGGAGGCGCAGGCGGACGAAGAAAAAGAAGGGACCUAAGAAGGAAUUGACUCAGACAGCGGAUCAGUCCGAGGACAAUCAGAAUGUUGAUGAGCAGCCUGAAGAGAAGGUGAUGGUUGAAUAUAUAUCAGCAAAGCCCGCCUUUGAGGACGCAGAUGGGAAUAUGGAUCCCGCUAUACAGGAUUUCUUGAGGGUUUUUGAAAAAUUUUCAAUUCCAGAAGAGAUGUUUCAAGAAACAAUUAAGAAUAAUGAGCCAGAGGAAACUCAAAUAGAUGAGCCGAAGAAGAAAAAGAGCGAUUCAGAUGAUUCAGACGACGAAGAUGAUGAUAAAGACAAAGAGAAGAGUUUAUCGAACAAGAAGAAAAAGCUGCAACGAAGGAUGAAGAUCGCUGAGCUGAAGCAGCAAUGUAUGAAACCUGAUGUUGUCGAGGUUUGGGAUGCAACUGCUGCAGAUCCACGUCUUCUUGUUUUUCUGAAAGGUUAUCGUAACACAGUUCCCGUUCCAAGGCAUUGGUGUCAAAAGCGAAAGUUUCUACAGGGGAAGCGUGGUAUAGAGAAACAACCUUUUCAGCUUCCCGAUUUUAUCGCGGCAACUGGGAUCGAGAAAAUACGACAGGCUUACAUUGAGAAGGAAGACAGCAAGAAGCUCAAGCAAAAGCAGAGGGAGAAAAUGCAGCCUAAGAUGGGAAAGAUGGACAUCGAUUAUCAGGUUCUUCAUGAUGCUUUUUUCAAGUAUCAAACCAAGCCGAAGCUCACCCAUCAUGGUGAUCUUUAUCAUGAGGGGAAAGAGUUUGAGGUCAAACUUAAGGAGAUGAAACCUGGCCAACUAUCCCAGGAACUCAAGGAAGCACUUGGCAUGCCAGAUGGUGCGCCUCCUCCUUGGCUUAUCAACAUGCAGAGAUAUGGGCCUCCUCCUUCUUAUCCUCAUCUUAAGAUUCCUGGAUUGAAUGCACCAAUACCAGAGGGGGCCUCUUUUGGCUAUCAUGCUGGAGGCUGGGGCAAACCCCCUGUUGAUGAGUAUGGGCGACCUUUAUAUGGAGAUGUAUUUGGUGUUCAGCAAGCAGAGACUGAGACAUAUGAGGAUGAACCAGUCGACAGGACUAAACACUGGGGUGACCUGGAGGAGGAAGAAGAGGAGGAAGAAGAGGAGGAAGAAGAGGAGGAAGGUGCUGAGCUUGGAGAGGACGAAAUGGCAGAUGGGGUUUCGUCUGUUGAUACUAUCUCAACUACACCAACGGGCGUGGAGACGCCAGAUGUUAUUGACCUUCGGAAGGCACAAAGGAAAGAACCUGAGAAGCAGCUAUAUCAUGUUCUGGAGGAGAAAGAGGAGCGUGCCCAAGGAGGAACUAUUUUGGGAACUAGUCAUACAUACGUACUGCCAUCUGGGGACAAGGCAGCGGCUAAAAAGGGUAUCGAUCUACUUAAGAGUCAACGAACUGAUAAAGUGGACAUCACUCUCCGACCGGAGGAGUUGGAAGGACUUGAUGAUGUGGCCCUUGCAGCCAAGUAUGAAGAGGCUAGUAAUGAAGCCACUUUGGCUCAAGGAAGGGAAGAUUUCAGUGAUUUGGUUGCAGAGGUGGAGAAGAAGCGGAAACGUAAGGCGCAAGAAAAAGAUGGUAAAGCAAAGAAGCAAAAGGAUUUCAAGUUUUAGCCCUGCAAAGAGAUUUUGGUUUUCCUAGUUUUGAACUUGGCGGGCUAUCGUUAGGCUCCAUGAGCACUUUGUACAAUCUGGACUUUUCUCAACACUUCCACGUAUGCUUGAGUUCUCGAGAACCUCAGGGACCCUUUCUGAGACCACAGAAUGAAUUCGAUUGGAACGAGGAUAUAGGGAACACAUAGAGUUGACCAAUCUUAGCCGCAAUUGUAACCUGGCGGCGAAUUUCUUCUCUCUGAAUUACACAACACUUUAUGUGUUGGAAGUUCAAAAAGCGCAUUCCUUUUGAGGAUUAUCAGAUUUUCUACCAAGAUUUCUCGCUUUGAA